CCCGUCCCAUCCCGUUCCCGCCGGCCCGGUGCCGGUGCCGGGUUCCGGUGCGGGUCUCUGAGGCUGCCCCCGCCCGUGGCUCCUCCCGCGCCGGCGGCUCCUCCUCGCCCGUGGCCGCGCCGAGCCCGGCGAUAUUUAACCUGGGCCGGGGAGCGGCGGCCCCGAGCGGCGGCCCCGGACACCGACACCCCGGAACCCCCCGGAACUCCCCGGAGCCCCCCGGAGCCCUCCGAGCCCCCGAUCCCCAGUCCCGGGACCCGCACAGCCCCGGAGCCGCCUCCGGCCCGGCCCCGCCAUGAGAGCCCCGGUGCCGGUGGCGCUGGGUUGCAUCAGCUUAGUGCUGUGCGUGCUGGAGCUGCCCGCCGGCCUGCCCCGGCCCCACGGCCGAGCCCACAGGCGCAGGGAGCCCCCGGACCGGAUCCCGUCCCUGGUGUCCCCGUUCGCGGACCCCGCGGCACCGCGCGACCCCGGCGCUCCCCGGCACAGACUGCUGGCGCCGUGGCCCCCCCCGGCACACGUGUCGCGGCACACGCGUGGCCGGCGGCACACGCAGCUGCUGCGCGUGGGCUGCGUGCUGGGCACGUGCCAAGUGCAGAACCUGAGCCACCGGCUCUGGCAGCUGCGGGGACAGUUGGGGCGCCAGGACUCGUCCCCCAUGAACCCCCACAGCCCCCACAGCUACGGGUGACGGGGGCACCCCCGCCCCGCCCCCACAGCCCGGCCCCUCGGGACCCCCACUAAAGCACUUCCAGAGUCA